UUUAAUGUGCUGGAAAAAACAGAAAUAGAAUUUUGCCAAGUGUUUGCUUAUGGCAAUGGAGCAGAAAGUCUGUAAGCUAACGUAUGGGUGCCAGCGAAGCUCCACAUCGGAUGACGACUCUGGAUGUGCUAUGGAGGAGUACACUUGGGUUCCACCAGGACUGCGUCCAGAACAGGUUCAGUUGUAUUUUGCCUGUCUCCCUGAGGAAAAGGUCCCCUAUGUCAACAGCGUGGGUGAAAAGUAUCGCAUCAAACAGCUUCUGUACCAGCUUCCUCCACACGACAAUGAGGUGAGAUACUGCCAGGCAUUAAGUGAGGAGGAAAAGAAAGAAUUAAUGAUGUUCAGUACACAACGCAAAAAAGAGGCCCUUGGGAGAGGCAAUAUCAAGUUGCUAUCAAGGGCCGCGAUGCAUGCUGUCUGUGAGCAGUGCGGCGAGAAGAUUAAUGGCGGUGAAAUAGGAAUUUUUGUUUCGAGAGCUGGUCCUGGGGUAUGCUGGCACCCAGCGUGUUUUGCAUGCUCCACGUGCAAUGAGCUGCUUGUUGAUCUCAUAUACUUUUACCAGGAUGGAAAAAUACAUUGUGGCAGGCAUCAUGCUGAACUGCUAAAACCGAGAUGCUCUGCCUGUGAUGAGAUUAUAUUUGCUGAUGAAUGCACAGAGGCUGAGGGGCGUCACUGGCACAUGAAGCAUUUUUCUUGCUACGAAUGUGAAACUGUGCUUGGUGGUCAGAGAUAUAUCAUGAAGGAUGGUCGCCCCUUCUGUUGCAGUUGCUUUGAAUCUCAUUAUGCAGAGUACUGUGAAUCCUGUGGAGAACAUAUAGGUGUUGACCAUGCUCAGAUGACCUAUGAUGGCCAACACUGGCAUGCUACAGAAAGCUGCUUUUGUUGUGCACAGUGCAAAGUUUCCCUCCUGGGUUGUCCUUUUCUGCCGAAAAAAGGACGCAUUUAUUGUUCCAAGACUUGCAGCUUGGGAGAGGAUAUGCAUGCAUCAGAUUCUUCCGACUCAGCCUUCCAGUCUGCUAGGUCCAGGGAGUCCAGGAGGAGCGUCCGAAUGGGAAAGAGCAGCAGAUCAGCAGAUCAGUGUAGACAAUCACUCUUGCUGUCUCCAGCACUGAAUUACAAGUUCCCUGGCCUCUCUGGCAAUGCUGAUACUCUGUCUCGGAAGAUGGAUGACCUUGGCUUAUCAAGUCAUGGGGCCAGUUUUGAUAAUGACUGUUGGAAAGGAAGGGAUGAGCAGGAUACGCCAGAGGACCAUGAAGAAUGGGCUGAGCAUGAUGACUACAUGACUCAGUUACUUUUAAAGUUUGGUGAUAAAGGACUCUUUCAACAGCCUGCUGUAGAUAAUGGACCUAGUGAGCCUUGGAUGUCUGAAAAUGUCAAAAUGAAUAGUGACCUAAAAAGAAGCAGGCGCAACCAGAGUUUGGCAAGUAAAAAAUAUCAAACUGAUAUGUACUGGGCACAGUCACAGGAUGGACUUGGAGAUUCAGCAUAUGGAAGUCAUCCCGGCCCUGCCAGCAGCAGGAAAAUAAAAGAACUGGAUUUAGAGCAUGGUGCAUCUGGUUACAAACAUGACAAAAUGCCCUGGUAUAAAAGCUCCCUGGAAUGCUUGUCUGAUGAUAUGAAGCCACAGAUUCAAAACAUACACGACUCCAUGGAUUCAUUGGCAUUGUCCAAUAUAACAGCAGCAUCAGUUGAUGGGGAAAGUAAAACUCGGCCAUCACACUUUUCUUAUUCAAACUUCCAAGACAUGGACUCGAGAGACUGUGAGAAAAUGAGCAAUAUGGGAACUCUCAACUCUUCCAUGCUAAACAGGAGUUCUGAAUCUCUGAAAAGCCUAAGUUCAGAACUGUGCCAGGAAAAGCCACUUCCAGAAGAAAAGCCAGUUCAUAUGUCAGCACUGAGAAGGUCUAAGUCACAGACCAGGCCACAAGUCAAGUUUUCUGAUGAUGUCAUAGACAAUGGCGACUAUGGCAGUAUUGAAAUCAGACAGCCCCCAAUGAGUGAGAGGAGUAGGAGAAGGGUUUACAAUUUUGAAGAAAGUAGCCAAAGGCCACGCCACCACCACCGGCGUAGGAAGAGCCGAAAGUCUCGCUCUGAAAAUGCACUUCAUCUUGCAGCAGACCACAAAGCACCAGGACGGGAAAAACCAAGAUGUUAUACUUCUGAGGAUUAUGACAGACUCUUUCAGAACAAAUCUCCUCAGGAGGUCCAAGCAUAUAUCCAAAAUAGUGAAAUAUUUGGACAGUAUACAAAUGCUGCUUCAGAUUAUGGACUGCAAAGCCAAUUGAUGGAUAAAUAUUUUGGGUUGUAUGGUGAUGAUGACUCUUGGUGUUCAACCUGCUCCUCAUCCUCUUCUGACUCAGAAGAGGAAGGAUAUUUUCUUGGACAGCCUAUUCCACAGCCACGGCCACAAAGAUGCCAAUAUUUUACAGAUGAUCUUCCUAGUCCCACAGCUGUACUAUCUAGUAGUCAUUUUGGCCAAAGGACCACUAAAUCCAAAAAGAAGGGACACAAAGGCAAAAACUGUAUCAUUUCCUAAAACCCCUAGGCAUGCUUUGUUGAAUUCCUGUGAAGACAUUCUCAGUCCAGAGAGACCAUUUUAUUUUAUAGUUCUGCUAUUUGCAAAAUACCGUUUUUGUUUUUUUGUUUGUUUUAAUGCCAUGUCAAUUGUACCAAAACAGACCGGCUGGUGUUUACAUUGUGUAAUGACUAUGGAAAUGUUUGUGUUUAGCAGAAUAUUUACUUAGACGAUCACAGGUUUACAGUACAGGUUUACUUUCUUUAUUGCUUUGCACACAAUACUUAAGUUAGAAAUUAGAAUGUGCACCAUAUGCUUACCUGACAUACAUACCCCAGACUCCCAAAGUCUGGAACCUGCUCUGAAAGGGAGAGGUUGUGUGUGGGCCAAACCUUUUUGUUUGCCAAUUCCAGCAAUUGCUUACUCAUGAAUAUGGUAUAUUUUAAUGCAAACGAGAUGUUUGCUCCUAACAGUUUGUAUCUUCCAGGCAAUAGUUAAAGGUUUGUGUAUUUAGAUCAAUGCAGACAGAGUCCUUUUGUUAGAGAUGGUCAAUGGCAAUUCAACACAGCCAGAUCCAGUUUUCCUUUUUAAAGUUUCCAUGUCAGCGGGUAUUUACACUUGAAAGCCUUAAAAUCCAUGCUAAGUGUAGAAUAUUUAGCUGCAAGUUAUUUAUGUUCACACAAAUUUAGGCCUAAUUUAACUGUGCAAAUAAUAAAUGUAUAUAUUGUAUAUGUUAAAUGCAGAACAUGUUAUUUUUUAUAUCCCUUCUCUGCAAGGUUUAGGGGCACACCGGAAGAGAAGGUUUAUUGCUUGUUUGCUUUCCCUUUAGUUGCCAUUUGCAAGCAGUUCGGAAAGCAAUACCCAACACUGUUCAGCAAUAGUGUCUUUAAAUAUGUCUUUUUUUCCUCAGUUCUUUGGCCCUGUAUUUGGCACUGCAGUGAUGUAAGUUCUUAUAGACCUGUAUUACCUGUAGGUUUUAUUUAUAGGCCAGAGACUAGUAGAAGACAAAUCUCUUCAUUCUGCAACAACAGACUGUGUCUCAGAAACAUAUGUUUUAGAUACCAUAAGUCACUUGUUUGAUUUUUCUAAAAUAUUGACACUGUUUGUGAAUAAAAAUAUAGAUA